UGGGGUGAAUGGCGGUGGCGGAGCGGGGCGCUAUUGCAUCUCUUUUAAAAGACAUUGACUCUUAACAGCUAGGAGUAGCUAACAGUUACCAGAGCUGGUAGCAGGCAGUUAGCCAGUUAGCUAACCAAGCUGCCAACUUGCUAAUGUGCUAACUGGGAAGGCUCCGGCUGAUUGAACAACUUUCCUGUCAAAAGUUAGUACAUCACAAAUAAGCCAAACAGACUCUGAAGACAACUAUGGCUGAAAACCUGCUGGAUGUUGGACCUCCCAGCUCCAAGCGACCGAAACUGAAUUCACCUGCCCUAUCAGCGUCUGAUGGACAAGAUCUGGGGUCUUUGCCCUGGGAUGAUUUGGAAAAUGAUCUUCCAGAUGAUUUGCUCCCUAAUGGAGGAGAGUUGAGCCAGUUAAGUGGGUUGCCUUCUAAUGGUGGAGGAACACCUGGAGGUGGUGGACCCGGUGGUGCCGGAGGAGGUCUUGGUGGGGGUACCUCUGUUGUUCCAGAUGCAGCCGCCAAACAUAAGCAGCUCUCGGAGCUUCUUCGAGCUGGUAGCACCUCCAGCAUUACAAGCAUGGGGCUCAACUCAGCAAGCCCUCAGCCUGGUGGCAUGGGCCCUCAACUUGGGACACCCCUGCGCAAGAGCCCCCUUGGUCAGGGUUCUCCUAACAGCCACUCGUCCCCUCAGGGCCAAAAACCAGGAACACCAACCGGAGUAGUAGGACCGAACACUUCAGCUAUGGGUUUGAGCUCAACAGGAUUCAACCAAGCUAUGAUAAAUAACAGCCCCGGGCAUGCAGGACUGCUAGGUCAAGGGGGGCAGCCUCAGCCCGGGCAGGUGAUGAACGGUGGUCUUGUACCCAGCGCCGGUAGGGGACGGGGUGCCGGUGUAGCAGGUAUGCAGUAUCAAGGACCGACAAUACCGGGAAGCGCACCUGGACCGGCAGGAUCUGGGAGUGCGUUGGUAGAGACACUUACCCAGGGAGGACAGCAGAUGGGAGCUCACACCACCCAGCAGGCAGGCAAUAUGAACAAGCAGCUCCAGCAACCACCGCAGCAGCAGGCAGGGAUGCUCCCGCUGGCCAGCAGCGGAGCUGUGGCGGUGCCUUCGGCGGGGCCAACAGCUGACCCCGAGAAGCGCAAGCUGAUCCAGCAGCAGCUGGUCCUGCUACUUCACGCACACAAGUGCCAGAGAAGAGAGCAGGCUAACGGGGAGGUGAGAGCCUGCGCCCUGCCCCACUGCCGCACUAUGAAGAACGUCCUCAACCACAUGACCCACUGCCAGGCGGGCAAAUCCUGCCAAGUGGCUCACUGUGCAUCGUCCAGACAGAUCAUCUCCCAUUGGAAAAACUGCACACGACAAGACUGUCCGGUCUGCCUCCCCUUGAAGAAUGCGAGCGACAAGCGAACCCAGCAGCCUCUGCUGAGUUCCCCAAACACAAGCCUCCAGAACCCUAUGUCCUCUGUUGGCCUGGGCCAGACCAGUGCACCCACUAUCAAUACCUCAGCCCCUAUAGACCCCAGCUCCAUGCAGAGAGCCUACGCAGCACUGGGUCUACCCUACAGCAGCCAGGCCGCUGGACAAGCUGCAGCUCAGCAGGCCCCAGGACAAACGACAGGAGCCCAAAACUCCCAGGCACAGCAACAACAGCUUCCUCAGCAAAUGAGACCCAUCAGCACCAUUGGUAACCAGAUGCCGCUUGGAGGUGGGACAAUGGGUGUGACUACUUCAGAACAGACAAACCUGCACACAGACUCCCUUUCCAACGCACUCAACACUAACAAUCAGCUGCUGGCAGACGCCUCGGCUGUGGGCCAGAUGGGAAGCCUGCCCACAGCAGCACCUCUCUCUUCCACAGGUGCCAGGAAGGCCUGGCAUGAGCACGUCACUCAGGACCUGCGCAAUCACCUCGUACACAAACUAGUACAAGCCAUAUUCCCUACCCCUGACCCGGCUGCUUUGAAGGACAGGCGAAUGGAAAAUCUGGUGGCCUAUGCCAGAAAAGUUGAGGGGGACAUGUAUGAAUCAGCUAACAGCCGGGAUGAGUAUUAUCACUUCUUGGCUGAGAAAAUUUACAAAAUCCAGAAGGAACUGGAAGAGAAAAGGCGUUCAAGACUCCAGAAGCACAUCAUCAACCAUGCACCUAUGACUACCCAGGGGACGCAGCAGCCUGGCCUUCCCCAGCCUAAUGCCUUGGGCCCGAGGCCACAGAAUGGACCUGUUUCUCUCCCGAACAUGCCAAAUCAGAUCAUGAAUCGCAUGCAGGUUCCUCAAGGUAUGAGCCAGUUCAACCACAUGACUCUGUCCAAUGCCCAGACGUCCAUGGGACCCCGAGCAGCUUCUCCUAUGUCCCACCCGCAGCAAAUGAACAUAAGCUCUGUCCCGGCGGUGGGGAUGUCGCCCUCCAGGAUGCCCCAGGCGCAGGGCAUGAUGCCUGGACACAGCAACAUGGUCGGCCAGACGCCCAGUCAGGGCCAGUUCCUGCCUCAGACCCAGUUCACACCUGGAUCUGGUGCAGUUUCUGUGUCCAGUGCCAUGAAUGUCACUGUGGGUCCUGGCAUGGGCCAGCCACAGGCGCAGGCUCCUGUCACCCAGCAGCAGCAACAGAACGCUAACCUCCCCAUGAAUGCUCUGGGGCCCCCACUGGGCCCUCAGCUAGCCUCCUCCCAAACCCCCUUGCACUCCAAGCCUCCACCCACUGCUUCCUCUGCCUCCACGGCUGGCGUGGCCACUAACCUGCCGCAUCCCCAGUCCUCCAGCCGCAGCUCCACCCCCACCCUCCCCGGCCCCGUCCCGGUCCUGUCCCAGGGGGCCACCCCACCCUGCCCCUCUCAGCCCCAACCCCAGACGGAGCUACCUGCAGCGGCACAGACGCAGCCCCUGCCUCAGCCCCCCACCACGCCGCUGUCUCAGCCAGGGGCCAGUUUGGAAAGCAGAGUACCCACCCCUGCCUCCGCCGCCAGCGCUGACCUGCACUCGCAGCACGUUGCAGCUGACCUGCCUGCCCAGGAGGUCAAAGCAGAAACACAAAUUGACCAGCAGGAGUUUGAAGCUGCUGGUGGGAAAACUGAACCCAAGACAGAGACUGAGAACGACUCGGCUGCGGUGAAGAAGGAGGAGCCGGAGGAAAAGCCAGAGCCAAUGGAGGUGGAGGAGAAAAAGCCAGAAAUGAAGACGGAACCCAAAGAAGAGGAGGAGAAUGGACCUAAUGGCACAAGCUCCUCGUCUCCCUCCCAGUCACGGCGGAAAAUAUUCAAGCCUGAGGAGUUGCGGCAGGCUCUGAUGCCGACUCUGGAGUCUCUUUAUAGGCAGGACCCGGAAUCGUUGCCGUUCAGACAGCCUGUAGAUCCCAUGCUCCUCGGUAUCCCGGACUACUUUGAUAUAGUUAAGAACCCCAUAGAUCUGUCUACAAUAAAGCGUAAGCUUGACACUGGACAGUACCAAGAGCCCUGGCAGUAUGUGGAUGAUGUGUGGCUGAUGUUCAACAACGCCUGGCUUUACAACCGCAAGACGUCCCGUGUCUACAAGUACUGCUCUAAGCUGGCGGAGGUUUUCGAGUCCGAGAUUGAUCCGGUCAUGCAGGGUCUGGGCUACUGCUGCGGGAGGAAGUUCGAGUUCUCCCCUCAAACUCUCUGUUGCUAUGGCAAGCAGCUCUGCACCAUACCUACUGGAGGCACUUACUACAGCUACCAAAACAGAUAUCAUUUCUGUGAAAAAUGCUUCAAUGAGAUCCAGGGAGACAGCGUGACGUUAGGAGAUGAUCCUGCACAGCCACAGACAAUGAUAUCAAAAGACCAGUUUGAACGCAAGAAGAAUGACGUUCUCGACCCUGAACCGUUUGUUGAAUGUAAAGACUGCGGACGCAAAAUGCACCAGAUCUGUGUUUUACACUACGAGGUUAUUUGGCCUUCUGGAUUCAUCUGUGACAACUGUUUGAAGAAAAGUGGAAAAUCCCGGAAGGAAAACAAGUUCACUGCUAAACGACUGCAGUCCACUCGACUGGGAAUGUACAUAGAGGAUCGUGUGAAUAAAUACUUGAAGAGACAGAACCAUCCGGAGGCCGGGGAAGUGUUCGUGCGAGUGGUAGCAAGCUCCGACAAAACAGUGGAAGUUAAACCCGGCAUGAAAGCCAGGUUUGUGGACACAGGGGAGAUGCCCGAUACCUUUCCUUACAGAACCAAAGCACUUUUUGCGUUUGAGGAGAUUGACGGUGUGGAUGUGUGCUUCUUCGGCAUGCAUGUGCAGGAGUAUGGCUCCGAAUGUCCAUUUCCUAACACUAGACGCGUCUACAUAUCAUACCUUGAUAGUAUUCACUUCUUCAGGCCUAGAAUCCUACGAACAGCAGUUUACCAUGAGAUUCUCAUAGGUUAUCUCGAGUAUGUGAAAAAACUCGGUUACACCCAGGGCCACAUCUGGGCCUGUCCACCCAGUGAAGGAGAUGACUACAUCUUCCACUGCCAUCCUCCUGAGCAGAAGAUUCCCAAACCUAAGAGACUGCAGGAGUGGUACAGGAAGAUGUUGGACAAGGCUUUUGCUGAGAGGAUCUUGCAUGACUACAAGGACAUCUUCAAACAGGCAACCGAGGACCGACUGACUAGCGCCAAUGAGCUGCCGUACUUUGAAGGUGACUUCUGGCCUAACGUGUUGGAGGAGAGCAUCAAGGAGCUGGAGCAGGAGGAAGAGGAGAGGAAGAAGGAGGAGACCACUGCUGCCACUGAAACUCCAGAGGGUACACCAAGUGACACCAAAAAUGCCAAGAAGAAGAACAACAAGAAGACGAAUAAAAACAAGAGCAGCGUGAGCCGAUCCAACAAGAAGAAGCCCGGGAUGCCGAAUGUAGCGAAUGAUCUGUCCCAGAAGUUGUACGCCACCAUGGAGAAGCACAAAGAGGUGUUCUUUGUGAUCCAUCUUCAUUCAGGGCCCAUGGCCAACACCCUUCCACCCAUUGUCGACCCUGACCCCCUGAUCUCCUGUGACCUGAUGGAUGGCCGUGAUGCCUUCCUAACCUUGGCGAGGGACAAACACUGGGAGUUCAGCUCCCUCAGGAGGUGCAAGUGGAGCACUAUGUGCAUGCUGGUGGAACUGCACAACCAGGGACAAGAUCGCUUCGUCUACACUUGUAAUGAGUGCAAACACCACGUGGAGACACGCUGGCACUGCACUGUUUGUGAGGACUUUGAUCUUUGCAUUAGUUGCUAUAACACGAAGGGCCACGAGCACCAGAUGGUGAAGUGGGGUCUUGGGCUGGAUGAUGACAAUAACAGCCAAAGUGGAGAAGCCUCUAAAAGUCCACAGGAGAGUAGGCGUUUAAGUAUUCAACGCUGCAUCCAGUCUUUGGUCCACGCUUGUCAGUGUCGCAAUGCCAACUGCUCACUUCCGUCCUGCCAGAAGAUGAAGAGAGUGGUGCAGCACACCAAGGGCUGCAAGCGCAAAACCAACGGAGGCUGCCCCGUGUGCAAGCAGCUCAUCGCUCUGUGUUGUUACCAUGCAAAGCAUUGUCAGGAGAACAAGUGUCCAGUCCCGUUCUGCCUGAAUAUCAAGCACAAGCUCCGCCAGCAACAGCUGCAGCACAGGCUCCAGCAGGCCCAGUUGAUGAGGAGAAGAAUGGCCACAAUGCAGGGCAGAACCAUGCCCCUACCGUCCCCGCCGGCCUCAGCUGCUCCCAGCACUCCCACUUCCCAUGCCCAGCCCAGCACUCCUCAGACACCUCAGCAACCGCUAUCCAACCAGCCACAGACCCCCAACUCAGCAGGUGUCAUGUCCCCCACCUUUCCCAGCGCGCCCCGUCCUGGACCGCCUCAAGCAAAUGUCUCCCAGGGUAAGACUGGGCCCCAGGCCUCCCCCCUACAUCAGCAGCAGUCCCCUCUCUCCCAGCCACCUCAGCAACGACAGCAGCAGGCUCCUCUCGCAGCAAUCAAGAUGGCACACCACAUAGAGAUGAUGGCACAGGCACAGCAAAACCAGCAGAACUACAGGGUCAACAUGAACGGCAUGCCUAUGAACCCCCAGCAGCCACAGCAGCGCAUGGCCGGACCAAUGCCUCAAACCAUGCAGAUGGUGCAAGGACCUCGUGGGCCUCAGGUCAUGCAACCUGCUCCAGGACAGUGGCCUGCAGCUGCAGGUCCCAUGCCGGCAGGUCAGAAUCCACAACCAGGCGUUGUUCCAAACCAGACCCCACAGCAGGCCAUGACCAUUCAGCGAGCCAUGUUGGCGCCUAGGCAACAAAAUCCACAGGGGCAGAGGAUGCUGAUACCCCAGCAACCAGGUACUCAGCCACAAACUCCCCAAAGAACAGGUACUAUACCCCCAAAUGCUCUUCAGGACCUUCUGCGGACUCUGAAGUCUCCAAGCUCACCUCAGCAGCAGCAGCAAGUCCUCAACAUCCUAAAGUCAAACCCUCAGCUAAUGGCAGCUUUCAUCAAACAGCGAACCGCCAAGUACCAUGCAAGCCAGCCACAGCAGCAGCAGGCUGGCCAGCAGCAACAGCAGCAGCAGCCCAGCAUGCCAACAAUGCAGAACAUGGCUAUGCCAGGAGGGCCGGUGCAGAGGGCUGCAAUGCCGCCUCAGCAGGCUCCUGUGCAGGGUAUGGCUCAGCUGGGUCAAGGGCAGCUGAUGAAUGCAGCACACAGCGCAAACCCACAGAUCCAGGAGCUCUACCGCCGGCAGCUGUUACGACAACAACAACAGCCGCAGCAGCAGCAAGCAGUGAUGCCACAGGGCCACCUUGGUCAGUUUCCUGCUCAACCGCAAGGAACACCUCCGAUGUACUCCCAUCUCCGCAUGCAGCAGCAACAACAGCAGAUAGCCAUGCAGGCAGGUGCUGGACCAGCUGGUGUAACUAUGGGUCAGCUUCCUCCAAUGGCUCAGAUGGCCCAGCCUGGAAUGGGAAUGGACUCCGCUCAGAACUUGUUGCAUCAACGACUACUUCAGCAGCAGCAGCAACAACAGGCACAGCUUCCCCAGCAGCAGCAGGCCGUCCUCAAGCAGCAGAUGGGCUCCCCGGCUCACCAAAGCCCCAUGAGCCCCCAGACCCACCUAUUGACUGGCCAGGCGCAGGGUGCAGCCCACCUCCCGAACCAGCCGGGAUUGGCCAACGCCCUCAGCAACCAGGUCCGGUCCCCCGCACCUGUCCAGUCCCCCUGCCCGCCCGCGCAGCCACAGUCGCAACCGCCACAUUCCAGUCCCUCACCGCAAGUCCAGAAUCAACCGCAUCCCUCCCCCCAACACCCGCCCCUGCCACACUCGGGUUCCCCCCACCCGGUACAGGGUGGCCCACUGCAGUCGCUGGACCAGGGACACCUGGGAGCGCCAGAGCAAAGCGCAAUGCUACCGCAGCUUAACACCCCCAACAGAGGAGCGCUGAACAAUGACUUGGGGUUAGUGGGAGAUGCUACAGGGGACACUCUGGAGAGAUUUGUAGAGGGAUUGUAGCAGCAUUUUUUAACUGGGAGCAAAAGAACUUUCUCUCCCAGUUCCCCCAUCCUCUCGCUCCUCACCAGUUUUCCUCUCAGACUCUUUACCCCCAUUAGAGGGCUUUGUUUGUUCUUUCUAAGAUUGAGAACGUUUUUUUUUUUUGUACUGACAUGUAAAAAGUUUCAGCAGUUUGUGGGGGGAAUAAAAAAAGAACUUGGUCAAGAAAAACUCGUCUGGGGAAUGUAAUAGUUUCAUAAACCCCAAACGUUGGGUUUUUCUUCAUUAAGAUGUUGAGGGAUUGGCAAGUUUCUUCUUAAAAUUAAAUCACAAAGAAUAUAUUUUUGUUUGAGACCAAAUGUGUUCAGUACUCAGUUUGUUUUCGUUUGUGGUAUGAUUUCAUGCCUUUUUCUUUCUUUUUUCUUUUUUUUUAAGAAACUGUACAAUUGCAUUAUACCAUAUCUUUAUUUUGUACCUUUUGGAGAAAAAAAAGUAAUGCGUUUUUGUGUUAAAACUGUAAAAUAUUUUGUCUGGGAAUCGGGACAGGUUUGUUUUCUCUUCACGAGCUGUCUUUCCUGGCAAUUGUAAUCUAGUAUUGUACCAUUACUGCAAGAUGAUACGUUCAGGGAUGGCAACUGCUCCCCUUGUUUUUUCUUUGUGUGUGUUUCUGAAGAGCACUCGGUUGUAUCAAAGUAGGAAGUGGCCUGCAGCAGGUUGUGUAUACGUUGGCAUGUAUGCAGGCGCACAUGAAGACACUGACCCUCAUAGUCACUAAUAGGAACACUGCUCCGAAUGGUUUUUACCCAGGACUGCAAACUUCAAUCUCAAUUUGGAAAAAUGUCUUCUGCUGGUGUAGAAAGUUGUUGGUUUGAUUUGAAAACGAAUUGUCUUACCAUUUUUUUGUUGUUGUUGUUGUUGUCACACAAAUGUAAAGUGUAAAGAGAGCGUGAGAAAGAGACCAGCCCCCUAAGCUGAAGUGGAAUGAUAACAGGUUGUUUGUAGAAAACGAUCUCAAAUGAUUCCCCAAAGCCUGAAGUUUUACACUAAAGUUGUGUUUUUUCAAGGGGUGAAGGGUGACAUUUGAGAUUCACCGUAAGGAUAACUAAUUGUCAUCAACCUUCAUUCCGCUCACAAACACUUGAAUUUGGGGGGGGAUUUACUUUUUCUCCUAUUGUAAAUCAAGCUAUUAAGCAAAAAUACUAUAAAUAUAAGGAAGAGAGAAUGAAAUCACUGUAUAAACUAGUAAAAGAUUCAUUUCUUACUUAUAUACCAUAUUGUUAAAUAAACUGUGUGCAACAGAAGAAGGUUAGUACUCUGUUGACUGAAUGAGGCAAUA